UACGCCAACAGCAGCACGUCGCGACGCCUUGCUAACCGACGCCGGCCGUCGCGCGCGGGGUUUUAACCAGAAUAUCCGACGCCGGUGCUUGACGCGAAUAAGUUUGUCGUAGGUUCGGACAAAAGACGUUUAAUUUUAUUAGAAACGAUGAUGUUUUUCAAUUGGUUGUGAGGAUUGGGAGUGUUUUUUUGUGAUUUUUUUAGUCUGGACAAUGUUUGAGUAAUUUGCUGAAGAUAUUGUAUAGAGUUUCGUGUCGUAUUUCCUGUCGGCAUAUUUCCUGUUUUCCUGACAUCAAAACCAGAUAAUAUUAUGUGCCGACACAUCCUCGAAAAAUGUAAAUCGAUGAAAUCCAGUGUCGAACUUUUCUAAAGUAUCAUAUCAGCACGGAAUAUCGGUCAGUCCAACCCCGGGACCAACAAUGCCACCGUUUCCGUCCUCCAUUCCGUCAUGAGGCGGCUGCUAGCCGCCCUUCUGGCUCUCCUGGCACUGUUUGGGGCGACGAAGGGCGACAAUGGACUGCAAAGAACCCCCCGAAGGCAGUGCCCUUCCGGAUCAGCCAGCCCUUGCCACUGCUUCAACUUCGAGAGUGGCGUUUUUUUGGAAUGUCCCGCAGCCACCGCACAUUCACUACGACUGGCUUUGGACAACGUCGAAGGGACAAUACAGUCCCUUUCUGUAUACGAUCCUGAUAAAACUCUGACCAAGCUCCCAAAAAACUUUUUUCCCGAAACUACAGUGAUCAGGCACCUUCAAAUCACACAGUCGAACAUUCAAGAAUUACAGGAUGAAUCCUUGCUUCCUCUGAAGCCUCACUUGGAGAGUUUUGCCCUGAGUUCGAGCAAAUUAAGGGAGAUCCCUCAAAAAGCUUUCAAAGGAUUCACCAGAUUGAUUGCUCUGGACUUGGAAGGCAAUGAAAUCACUGAAGUCCCCAGCUACACGUUCUAUGGACUUCAGCUGAUGAAAUUGAACAUCAAAGGAAACCAAAUUCGAAAAGUUACAGAAUAUUCUUUUGCCGGCCUGGAAAACACUCUUUCCGAACUGAACAUAGCCGAGAACAAGCUUCAACAGUUUCCGAUCAAGGCACUAAGACGUCUGGAACAGCUACGCCACCUACGACUGUCCUGGAACGAGAUCAGCUCUAUUCCCGAAGAUUACUCCCAUCUAAACUCCCUAUUGUACCUGGACCUAAGCUUUAACUCCUUCGAAACCAUCAAGGAGAACUCGUUUACAGUGUGUCCAUCAGUGAGAACUCUUACGUUGUAUUAUAAUUCUGUGGAAAGUGUUCACGAGGACUCGUUUUCGAUGUUACACGAUUUAGAAUCGUUGGAUUUGAGCCAUAAUCGUAUCGUAUAUUUAGACUCUUUAACAUUUCGGAAUAAUAAAAAAAUUCGGUCUAUAGAUCUAAGUCAUAAUCACGUUCACUACGUUAACGGACUGUUUUCGCAUUUACCUGAGCUCAGAGAACUGUUUUUAUCAGAAAAUAACAUCCUGGAAAUCCCUAUAGAUGCUUUUCGUGAAUCACGGAAUAUUACUGUAAUAUACCUACAAAAUAACGCGAUAAGACACGUAGAUUCAGAAGCGUUAAGCACACUAAUCAACUUAACUCAGCUCCAUCUCAGUUCGAACUUCAUUCCCCAUCUAGCCAGAGACUUAUUUUCCGAAAACCGUAUUCUAGCUUCUCUAAGUCUGGACGAUAACUGGCUUCAGGAGCUGGAACCAGGAACCUUCGAUCAUACAUUAUCUCUGAAAGAAAUUAGGUUGCAUGGAAAUAAACUCCAGAGUAUUCAACGGGGUGUUUUUGAUCCUUUACCUGAUCUUCUGGAGUUACAUUUACAGAACAACGAGAUCAACUCAGUAGAUGCCGGAGCUUUCUACUCGCUAAGAAGCUUGCAACACAUUAACUUACAAGGAAAUUCCAUAUUACAGUUAGGUGAUGUGUUUGCUCAUAACUCUUCGUCUUUGGUCUCAGUUCAGUUGGAUGCAAACAGAAUAAACAUACUGCAUAAUAAUUCUUUUAAUGGGCAGUCCUCAAUCCAGAUCCUUUGGUUAGGAAACAAUAAACUGCAUAGAAUCGACACAGCCUUAUUUAGAGACUUAACCAGAGUCCAGAGACUCUACCUGGAUAACAACAGCAUCUCUACCAUAGAAUAUGGUGCUUUCAAAUCUGUACAAGUUUUAAAGUUUCUUGAUUUAAGCCUAAACGAAUUGAAGGAAAUUACAACAAAGACUUUUGUAGAAUUAAUUGAAUUAGAAGAACUGAAUUUAUCAAGAAACCGAAUUGGGAAGAUUGAGCCUCUUGCAUUAACCAAUUUGAAGAAGUUACGUGUUCUGGACUUAUCCUCAAACCCCAUAGGUGUUUUACACGACUCAAUUUUUCAGGAACGCUUACCAAUUCGGAUUCUAAAUUUGCUCAAUUGCUCAGUGACUCAGAUAGAGUCUGGUGCCUUUCGUGGUCUAAAUAACUUAAACGAGCUAAAUUUGGGAGCGAAUAAGCUUCAAGCAUCCGCUUUGAAGCAUUUGGAUGUUCCAGGAUUACGAGUAUUGCGUUUGACGGAUAACAACUUAAAGGAACUGGAUGACACUGCCUUGGCUGGGUUACCGUCAUUGCAGAUCAUAUCAUUUGAGAACUGUAGCUUGGAGAAGUUACCUACCGGUGUUUUUUCGAAGAAUAAAAAUCUGUUGAGUAUUGAUCUUAGUUCUAACGGAUUGAGUGAACUAAAACACGGGAUAUUUUUGACUUUGAAUGUUCUAAAAGAGUUAAAACUUAACAAGAACUCAUUUCGAAGUCUUCCUUACACGGCUUUACUGAACAUAUCUACAAUGGAGUCACUUUCAGUCGCACAAAACCAACUUUCCUUUGUCGAAGCAUCCAGAUUAAAUGGAUUACCAAAUUUAAAGAACCUAAAUUUGAGGAAUAAUGCUAUUUCGUCACUGUCAGGUUUUGCAUCGGCUAAUCUAACGCAGUUACUGUCAGUGGAUUUGAGCAACAACAUUUUGUCAACGUUGCCAACCAAUUUUUUUCAUCAUUCCUCGUUACUGCGAAGGAUUGAUCUGUCAAAUAACAGAUUUAAUAGGAUUCCUAACGCUGCACUGUCGGAGAAUACUCUGUCUGGAUUAGGGUGGUUGAAUCUUACUGGAAAUCCGUUGACUAGUAUCCAUGAGGUUACUUCUGGAAGAAAUUAUCCUUCGUUGGAAGAGGUCCAUAUCAGGUUUACCAACCUCAGCAUUCUCACCAGCAACGAGUUUGACAGCUUCACAGCAUUGCUGCAUCUCUAUCUAAGCAACAACCACAUCACCAGGAUAUCUCCAGGUGCUUUUUCCAGUCUACCACAGUUGUUUACACUGGAUUUGGGCUACAACGAAAUAGAAAUUUUACCCCAAGAAAGAUUGCAGGGCCUGGACCAAUUGAGAUUGCUUAAUUUAACACAUAAUCGCCUAAAAGACUUAGAUAUGUUUCCAGAUAAUAUGAAAACUUUACAGUCUCUGGAUAUUUCCUAUAACCAGUUGGUGAAGAUAAAGAAAUUGACUUUUGACCAUCUGGAAGGACUGGAAGAGUUGCAUUUGCAGGGUAACUGGAUAGCUUCGGUGACCAGUGAUGCUUUCAGGCCUUUGAAGAAGUUGCAUUUGCUCGAUAUGAGCAAAAACUACUUGGAGGUGAUUCCUCUUAAUGCUUUGAAGCCUUUGGAGACACAGAUUAGGAGUUUGAAAGCCGAAGAAAAUCCCCUGUCUUGCAGCUGUGAUUCCCAGGAACUCUGGGAAUGGUUGAGGGACCACCAAAAAUCCACCCAAACCCAACUAAAAUGCGAACAACCCGCUGAACUCCGUGGCAAAAUAUUUCUGGACCUCGAUCCAGAACAAUUUUGCGACCAACCAAUGGUCGUCAAGCUGGGCAUCCAGGAUAUCCAGCCUUUUUCCGUGUUGGUAUCGUGGCAGAGCAGGAACCAUUCCGGAUUACACGGAUACCAGGUGGCGUAUUAUUCAAUGGAUGCUAUGGACGAGAUCAGAGGAAAGUUGCUAGACCGCUCUGCCAGGUCACUGAAGCUAUCCAGGCUCUACCCUGGAACGAGAUACCUAAUCUGCGUGUUGGCAUUGGGUAACUGGGCAGUUACCCAACGCAGGGCAACAGCUGAAUCGAGACUGGCUGCCAGGAAACCUGUGGAAAACGACACCUUUUCCAGAAUGGAUGGUUUGGAAACCUUCAACGAAGGAAUGCUGCCAUAUUUGGUGGAUUCCUCAACUAGUAAAUGUGCAGAGGUGAGCACUCUGGGCGCUCCUGACUUGACGAUCAUCACCGAUCACUCCAUGGGCGUACAGUCGAUUUUAACUCGUAGACUAGGACUCAUUAUCGGAUGCUGUAUGGGAUUUAUCGUAUUCGUAAUCCUAGUCUCCAUCUUGGGAUACUUAAAGAUGAAAAAACAGAGGCGUGCUGUUAAAAGGGACCAACCAGCUGCCCCACCCGAAUACAUGUCCUACAGGCAUUUCUCCAUUCAAAGUGGGGAAAUGGCGGAAAGGUCCGGUCAUCCCCAUUUCAUCACCAGCAUGACCAACACCAUGCCGGUCAACUAAACUAAGAAAAGUGACAAAUUUGACAUUAUUUGCAGAAUUUAUAAUGUUUUGUGUUCCUUGUUUGCCUUGUUAAGUUGUCUGAAAUUUUAAGCUUUUUUCACACAAACCCUGAUGAAUACUCAGUAAUCUUUACAUCCGGAGCUACACAAGCCUUGAAAAUCAUCAGUGAAACAUUCAAUUU